UAGUUGUAUCCAGUAGCUUUAUUGUGUGAGCUCUUUUUGUAGCUUCCUCACUUUUACGCCUCAAGAUAUUUUACAAACCACGAACAGACGUCAGCUAUCAAGGUUUUAUAAUUUGCAAUUUAUAAUAAUAACAAUAUAUGUAGCAUUGAAGCUAGGUUAAGGUAGAUAGUUUUGAUUUCGUGGUCAAUUUCAAAAUGCUCACAGCAUAAUAUUUAUGAGUUUCAAAAUUACGUACAUAACCUAAAAUUAAGAUAAUUGUUAAAUUAUAAUAGAAAAUAACAUGCGUGCAGUUAAUUUCAUAUAAUUGUAAAAUUGCUGCUUUUUGGUUUUUAAUUAUAUUAUUGUAGUUAUGCGAAUCAAAUAAAAACAAAACCGGUCCAAUUAAAUGUUAUUACAAAAUUAUAAAACUUUGAAGAAUUAAAAUAAUAAUUAUUACCUAAACUAUUUUACAUAAACUUUUCACAAAAUUUUGAUUUUAUUUUCUGUUUGAUGAACAAUGAAUUUUUGGAAAUCGGUUUUCUUGUUAAGAUUUCGUUGAACUUCAGUAAAAAUGGUUGGCCUAAAAAUGUUGCUUCUAUACAUUUUUAUUAUAAUUACUAUUUUUAUAAUGAAAAUUAAUGGAAAGAGAAACUAUGAUAUCGUUUUGGAGAAUGUCACGUGCAGUGUAAAUCCUGAAUACUUUGAACCACCAACAUGUUUCAUUAAUAAAAAUACAACUAAACAAUUAGCACAUUUUGAAUUAAAAUCAAAACAGGAAAUGAGUUCUUUACAAUUUUCAUUUAAUGUUAUUUUCUUGAGGAAGAAAGACGAACCAAUUGUUUUAUUGGAUUCGACACAGAAUGAUUUAUGUAAAUUUUUAGAAGGAUCACAAGUUGCGUUUAAUAUAUUGAAAAUUGCAAGAGAUGUCCUUUUAACUUUUGGUUCAUUACCCAAAAAUUGUCCAAUACCAAAAGGCUUUCAUUUUUUGUUUAAGGAUGUUUAUAUCGAUGCCGAACGAUUUCCAGCAUAUGCACCGGAAGGAAAUUUUGAGAUAACAAUUAAUCUUACAAGCGGAAAUAAUUUUGUAUUUUUUGGUAAAUCGCAUGGUUACAGUAUUCACAAAUCCAAAGGUGUCAGAUGGGGUUAAGAAUUAUUUUAUAUGAACGAAAAAUGUUUUAAAAAUAAAAAUAAAUAUUGUGUCACUUUUUUGAAUGUCAAAAUAAGAUUUGUUUGCAUUAUAUUUGUGAAAUCAUCAUUCAAAAUCAUUUACGUAGUACGGCUAAGUAACGAAUCUCUGUGAUUCACAGGACGACUGGA